AUGGAUCCCUUUGAGAGUAUUGAUCAUAUAGAAGAUGAAGAUUAUUUUGAUCACGAGGAGUAUAUGAUACAAGCAAUGGCCCUACAUAGACAACAACAUGCAGUCGAGGGAGCAUCUGCUUCACGUCGUCGUAAUUCUCAACCUCGUAUGUUCAUCCGACGUAAUCCAUUGGAAGUUGAAGCUCACGAUGAUUAUUUUGUCCAAAAAAGAGACGCUAGUGGGAGACUUGGAUUGUCCUCCCUUCAAAAGAUAACUGCAGCAAUUAGGAUGCUUGCAUAUGGGGUUACGGCAGAUCUUAUGGACGAGUAUGUAAGAAUUGGAGAAAGCACCGCACGGUUGAGUAUGAAGAAAUUUGUAAAGGCGAUCGUGUCAAUUUUUGGGGGUGAGUACUUGAGGUCUCCAACCAAUAGUGAUAUAGCGAGGUUACUAGAAGUCGGACAAAACCGUGGGUUUCCAGGAAUGUUGGGUAGCAUUGAUUAG